AUGAAUGCUGAAAAACUACGCCGUUUGCAGUCCCAGGUGCGGAUAGGUGGUAAGGGUACCCCACGUCGCAAGAAGAAGGUUAUGCAUCAGUCCGCAGCUACAGAUGACAAAAAAUUGCAAAGCUCUCUAAAGAAGUUGUCCGUUAGUACUAUACCCGGCAUUGAAGAGGUUAACAUCAUCAAAGAUGAUCUAACGGUUAUACACUUCAAUAACCCUAAAGCUCAGGCAUCGUUGUCGGCAAAUACCUUUGCCGUUACAGGACAUGGAGAAACCAAAAAGAUUGUCGAAAUGUUACCCGAAAUUUUACCACAGUUGGGUCAAGACACUGUUAUGCAGUUGCGUAUGUUUGCCAAUACCAUGACGGGCAAUCAGGCCGCAUCAAAGACCGCAGCCAAAGGUAAGAUUGGCAGCACAUUAGAAAAUGUCGCUGAAGAGGAUGAUGAAGUUCCAAUGUUGGUAAAUGAUUUUGAGGAGAUUGCCAAAAUGGAUGAGGCUAAGUUGAACAAAACUGCCAAAGAAAAGCCAAAAAUUGAAAAAAAGACAUCCCAAAACUCUGCACCGCCGGCGAAUAAAGAAAAUGGCGAAAUCAAGCAACAACAAAAACAAACUGAUGUAGAACAAAAAGUCGAUGUGGCAAAACUUGAGUCCACCGCUGCAAAGAACGAGGAAAAAACGGACAAAAAAUCAAAGAAACAACAAAACAAACAGUCGGCCAAUGGGGCAGCUAAAAAUAAAAAUGAAACAUCUAAGACCGAUACCAACAAACAACAACAGAAACCAAACCAAAAACAAGUAAAAAUUGCAGUGCCAAACGAGAAGAGUGCCGAGCAACCGAAUGACUCCAAAGAUGUAGCAACCAAUACCAAUCAAGGUGGAAAAUCUAUGAAACUAGAAGCGGGAGACAAGGUGCAAUCGAAGAAUGAUGUUGAAUCGAAAGAUAAAGGCAAAAAUGCUGCAGAUAAUAAAAAUAAAAUAUCUGAAAUGAAAGAGGAAAAAACUCCGAAAACAGCAGAGGACACUUUAAAACACAAUCUAGACAACAAAUUGAAAAAUGACAAAACGAAGGAAGUUAAAGAGGCUGCAAUUGUUGACACAAAAGUUGCGCAAACUCAGCUAGCAACUGCCAAGCCGCCAAUGGAAGCAAAAGAUGUAAAACCCCAAGAAGCUGCAAAGGCGACCCAAGAAAAUAAAGAUUCAAAGUUGUCAGAAACUCUAAAAGCUGGUGAGCAAAAACUUGCAGCAGCACCUCAGCCAACUGUACAAGAACCCACAAAUGUACAGAAAAUUGAUGAAAACCUAAACCUAACACCAAAGAGUCCAUCACCCCAGCCUAUGGCAAAGGGUAAAUCUAAAUCAAAAUCACCCCAACCCCCCGGUGUUCAGAAACAACAAUUGGCUGCAAGCAACCAACCGCCAAAGAGUCCAUCACCACAACCACAACCUGUUGUACAAGAAACCAAAGACCUGAAGAAAGUAGAAUUGCCAAAAGAAAGCACUACAGCAAGGCCAAGUCCAUCUCCAAUGCCUACGGUGCAAGAGCCAAAAGACUUGGGCAAACAAAUGGAAUUGUCAAAAGAUGAAAAAGUCCAAUUAGCUCCAAAAAGCCCCUCACCACAACCCCAAGGUAAAUCGAAAUCAAAAUCUCCACAACCCAAAGAGAAACAAAUGCAGCAGCAACAACAAUUAUCACAAAAUAAUCAAGCUGUCCCAAAGAGUCCUUCACCACAGCCCACUGUGCAGCAACCAAAGAAAAUGGAAUUGCCAAAGGAUGAUAGAGCGCAUCAGACUCCAAAAUCUCUAUCACCACAACCCUCUGUGCAACAGUCAAUUAAAAUUAAUGAUAACGUGCCAAAGAGUCCAUCGCCACAGCCUCAGCCCGCAGUGCAGGAACCAAAGAAAAUUGAUUCACCUAAAGAAGAUAAAGCUCAACAGGUCCCCAAGAGCCCUUCAACACAGCCCAUUACACCGGAAACAAAGGAAGUAAAGCAAAUGGAAUUACCGAAAAAUGAUAAAUCUCAUUUGGUUCCGAAGAGUCCAUCACCUCAGCCCAUGGCCCAAGGUAAAUCCAAAUCAAAGUCACCACAACCCAGAGAAAAGUCAAUGCAGGAAGCGGCUGCAAAAAAUCUAAAUGCACAGGGUGCUACAACGAAAAGUCCCUCCCCACAGCCUAAAGCAAAAUCUCCGCAACCAAAAGAUGUGAAGAAGCAGGAUGCAGCUGCAAAACCCAAAACCGAAGUAGCAAAAGAAGAAGCAGCUCCAAUAAAACCAGAGACCCCAAAUGAUUCCACUAAAAAAACAGAAGAAGAAGUAAAGGAAAUUAAGGAGGAUAAAAAGAGCGAAACUAUUGCGAGUAAUGCUAAUAUUAUUAAAGAAGAAAUCAAGAGCCCAACAUUACCGGACAAUAAAUCUGAAAUUGCUCAAGUAACUACUGCUGAAGCCAACAAAGAUGUGGGAGGAACGAAGGCACAAGUCUCAAAAGAUCCAGAGAAAAAAAUAGAUACAGUCCAACAAAAAACUGACACAAAACGAUCUAAUGUUCCACAAGAAACAGCCAAGAAAGACGAAUCACAGGCAAAAACAUCCAAUACUGGCACUGCCCAAAAGUCGCCCAAUCAAACACAACAAGGUAAAAAUGCCAAACAGGCAACUCCAACUAAACCCGCACAACAAGCAACCAAACAAAGUUCACCAAAGGCCAUAGAAAAACCUAAUGUGACCAAAACUACUGCCUCUCCACAAAAAUUGGCAACAUCUCCUCCAGUAAAAAAGACCAGUGCAACUUCAUCGCCUGUAACAUCACCACCAACCACACCAAUUGAAUCUCCCGUAAAACCAAGUGAGAUUAAAACCACAGAUGCCCAAAAGAAACCCCAAAGCCAAGCCGGACCAAAGCCCGGACAGGCAGCUAAACCCGGCCAGACAAAGCCUGUCACGGCUGGAAGUAAACAACCAUCAACAACAAACGCACCCGCAACAGCAGCCAAGAAAGUACAGUCUCCUGGACAACAAGAUAAUAAAUCAACCAAACCAAUGCCAGCUGCUCCCAAUACUGGAGGGAUGAAAGCAAAAUCAAAAUCGCCACCAAAAACUGAUCCGAAAACAUGGAAGAACAUACAAGCCUGCCAGAAUGCCGCCCUGAGAACUGCGACAGGGUGCCUCCUUAUGACGCCAGUGGACCAUUUACAUGAGGAGGCAAUGGUCUUACCCGUACAUCGGCACAACAGGAUGUUGUCGAUGCAGUACCUGCUUGGGUGUUAUCGCAGGAAUCAUCCAUGCCAUAAUCUUAUGGAUAGAAUUCCCCACCCAGGCACGUAA